UCCAUUAUUUAAUUUUGGCAUUCCAGGCGGCGCGCGUGUGAAACUUGACUGCAGUGAUCGUUAUUCUACUGUACGCGAACGAAAGAGUUGAAGCAAACUCUUCACUUCACUUUUCCCUUAUCACUCUUCACCUCGCUUCAUAAACUCUGCUGUUCGAUCACUAUCCAAUUUUCUCCGAUCACACUUCGCUAUUUAUUUCUAUGCAAUUGGCACCAUGGAUUUAGUCGACGGCAACUUUGAGCUCAGGGAGAUCCAGAAACUUCAUGGCCACACCGAUAGGGUUUGGAGCCUCGCUUGGAAUCCAGCUACCGGAACCGGUGACAUUCCUCCGGUCUUCGCUUCUUGUAGCGGCGAUAAGACUGUUCGAAUCUGGGAGCAGAGCCCUUCCUCUCGCUCUUGGGACUGCAAGGCAGUUUUGGAAGAAACACACACGAGAACUGUGCGAUCUUGUGCCUGGUCAACAUCUGGGAAAUUAUUGGCCACUGCAAGCUUUGAUGCCACUACUGCCAUUUGGGAAAACAUUGGGGGUGAUUUUGAAUGUGUUUCUACUUUGGAGGGUCAUGAAAAUGAAGUCAAAAGUGUGUCUUGGAAUGCUUCUGGGUCUCUGCUUGCAACAUGCAGUCGAGAUAAAUCUGUGUGGAUUUGGGAAGUAAUGCCAGGGAAUGAGUUUGAGUGUGCUUCAGUACUGCAAGGACAUACACAAGAUGUUAAAAUGGUUAAGUGGCAUCCAACUGUGGACAUUUUAUUUUCUUGUAGCUAUGAUAACACCAUUAAGGUCUGGGCUGAGGAUGGUGAUGGUGAUUGGUGCUGUGUUCAAACCUUGAGUGAAUCCAACAAUGGUCACACUUCUACUGUUUGGGCACUUUCUUUUAAUGCUGAAGGAGACAAAAUGGUUACCUGUAGUGAUGAUCUUACUCUAAAGAUAUGGGAAACAGAUGUUGAAAGAAUGGUAUCUGGUGAUGACCGCACAACUUGGAGUCACGUAUGCACUCUAUCAGGUUAUCAUGAUCGAACAAUUUUUUCAGUUGACUGGUCAAGGGAAGGUAUCAUAGCCAGUGGAGCGGCUGAUGAUGCUAUUCGAUUUUUUGUGGAGAGCAAAGAUGGCUUGGUUCCUUCAUAUGGACUCCUGCUGAAAAGUGAAAAGGCUCAUGAUAUGGACAUAAAUUCAGUACAAUGGGGCCCUGGGGAGAAUCGGCUUAUUGCUUCCGCAAGUGAUGAUGGAAGUAUAAAGAUGUGGGAGCUCGCAACUCUUGCGUGAUUCAUCCUUUUGCUGACUUCCAUUUUGCCCUUCAUUUUUUCAAGGUUUAUGAUGUGUAUGGUCUGAUAAAGUUGUAAAACGCUCCUCCUCCAUGGCCUCAGCCCCAACCCCAUUUUUUGUGAAAUUAAGAAAUUUGAUAUAUUCAUAUUUAAAAAAAAUUGAUAUAUUUAUUAGGGAAUUAUCAGUUAUUAUUUUAGCAGAAUCAUUGAUUAUCACAGUAGAUAGGGUACAAUUUCGUAUUCUAUUUUGCCAAUAAAUUUGUCAGUUUUGGACC